GGGAUAUGGAAGGAAUCCUUCUUCUGUGAAUGUUUAAUCUUUCCAAUGGAGCUGAUACAGGACUACGAACAACAAUAUGCCGUGCAGACGGCCGAAAUUACUGCUCAGAUUGGUCGAAUUGCGGUUGCAAGUGGAGCGGAACGCAAUAAACUGAUUUCCGACGUCGACCGCCAGCUGGAAGAAUCGCAAGAAUUGCUGGAACAAAUCGGACUGGAGAUUCGUGACAUUCCACAGAAUUUGCGUGCCGCGUACACCUCACGAUUGAACUGUUAUCAGGCCGAAUGGAAACGAUUGCAGCAAGAGUUCAAUAAUGCGAAAGUGGCCCGAUCGAAGGCAGGGUACGAUUCAUCGGUGGAUGAUUUUGACGAGAUAGGCAUACAGGAGGACCAGAAACGGCGGUUGCUAGAUAAUACGGAACGGUUGGAACGUACCAGCAACUAUCUGAACGAUGCGUACCGCGUUUCGAUCGAAACGGAACAGAUAGGCACACAGGUUCUGGCCGACCUUAGUCAGCAGCGAGAAACCAUUCAGCGAUCGAGAGGAAGGCUUCGUGAGACGGAUGCUGAUUUGAGCCGAUCUUCCCGGAUUCUGAACUCAAUGAUUAUGCGUGCAAUGCGUGAGAAGUUCAUUCUCGUUGUCGUGGUAGUGGCUAUAUUUCUUGUCCUUAUCUUAAGUAUUUAUUUCUCCAUAUCGUAAUCAUUUGCUGUGAUGAUUCAUGAUUCGUCAUCGACGGCAAGCGAUUUAGUCCGUUCCUUUGGAUUGUAUUCGAUGUUCUGGUAUGCCGGUUGGAACGUUAGGUAGGAUAAUGAUUUUAUUUCGUUUGCUGUUUUGUUUUGUGAUAUUUGUUUCCGAUUUUCCUGAAGCUUAUUCGUACUGUGUAGACUUUUAUCCUAAAGUGAGAUCAGUUUUGCCUUUCAACACCACCUGUAUCACUCGUAAGUGCAACUGCGUUAAGCUAAAAUAUUUAUGUACAAUAAAAAUGAACCUUUCAACCAUUC